AAAAACACGUUUUGCAAUAGAAAUUAUAAAACCUUUUAAAGCACAUAUCAAAGCAAAGUUCAAAAAUUUCUCACCCUUAUAAAUAACUAUCUUCCUUUCAACACCUUCCACUUAUUCCCAUUUCCAUUUCUUCACAAACACACAUUAAAAAAAAAAAAAAAAAAACUUCAAUAUUUUGUGAAGAAAAGAAUGAAGGAAGAGUUAAUUAUUCAAGAAGAGUAUGUGUACAAAGAAGAAACCCAACUCACAGUUCUAAAAACUUCUCUGUUUUUCACUGGUGAUGGAUUCGUCGUUUAUGAUUCUAAGGGCCAACUCGUUUUCCGAUUCGACUCGUAUGGACCGAACACUCGUGAUAAAGAAGAACUCGUGCUAAUGAAUUCUCAUGGUCGUUCUCUUCUCACCUUGCGGAGAAAGAAACCAAGUCUUCAUCAACGGUGGGAAGGGUUCAAAGGGGAAAGAAUUGACGGUGAUAAACCAUUAUUCAAUGUAAAAAGAUCAUCAAUAAUCGGACGGUCAAGAACAACCGUGACAGUGGAGGUGUAUGAUGAUUCUGGUGUGGAGUACCUCAUCGAAGGAUGCUUCCCGCAAAGAAUUUGCAAGAUAUUCAACACAACAAAGCAAUUAGUGGCUGAGAUUCGUCGAAAGGUGGACCCCACAACUAGUGUUAUGCUUGGAAAGGAAGUGUUCAUGCUUUGCGUUCAACCUGGUUUUGAUGUGGCCUUUGCCAUGGGGUUGGUUUUGGUACUUGAUCAAAUCAACGGUGAGAAUCACUAUGAUAAUGGAACCACGGAGACUUCGGUGCACCCUGCUACAGGAGAUUGAGAAAUUGGUUUUUCUCGUUCUAUUUUGUGAUUUGUGUUUUUUAAUUUUAUUUUUAGAAAUAUCUGGUUAAUAAUUUCUCAUGCUCUUCUUGUGGUUCUCCUUUUGAUCUUCUUCCGACAUCUUAAUUUUCCUCUUUUUGUUUUGUCGUUGUAUUAUUGCUUGAAUGUCAAUAAUAAUGAAAUGAUAGGUGUACAUUUAUAUUCUUCCGUACCA